AUGGCGGAUGAGGAGGAUGAUGAUGGAAUGGGUUUGGAUGAGUUCCUGGACCUGUUGGAUGAAGCGCAGCCAGGGGAACCAAUUCGGAGACAUGGCCUGCAUCAAGGCCCGCAACAAGAAGGCCAUCAGCCUGCCGUCGGUCAGCAGGGGCCUGUUCGGCCAGGGCCCUUGCCAGGCCAGCCUCGUAGGCAAGGCCGUCGGCCGGGACAAGGCAAUCCGCCGGGACAAGGUCGUCGGCGGGGACAAGGCCGUCGGCCGGGCAGACAGCAGGCUGUGCAAAAAAGUCAGCUCAAAAAGCAAAGGUCAUUAGACUUGCAAAGCACUGCCUUUAACGCAUCUGGCCGUGGCAGGACGAAAGACCAUUUGUUUCCACAGCAUAAGACAGGACUUGCGCGUGCAAAGGUUCGAGGCAAAGGGGCUUGGAAAAAAUGGACCCAUGAGAGCAUCAUGCGAUGCGGGUUUUCCUUUGAGACAGCUACUCAUCGACAAGUAGCCGCUGAAGUGGAUAGUGCUGGGCAAACGCAUGCUGGCCAGUGUCGUUUUGUGUGCGCCCUGUCCAUCUUGCAAGCGCAAGAAGAAGGGAUGAAACGUUUGAUCAACAGGAGCCCCAACUGGGUCAUCAAGAAUUUGAUGUUUGAUGAAUCCAGCUUUGACCUGGCAGAGAGCAGACGCAUGCCAUUGGUGACCCAUUCUGUGCUGCUGCCCCACGCGCAAAUCACCGCCAAAAUUGGUGAUGAGGUUGUGUGCCACCAUGCCCUCCGAGAACCACAAGUUUUGCUGCCUACCAUGAACAGUGCAACUAUGUGGGAGGCGCUUCGCGCGGGACCUGCUGGCUUUGCCUCGGAUUUUCAUCCUCCUGCCGCCCGUGGGUUGCAAGCUGUUUUGACGACGUGCGAUGCGCACGCUGCUAACAGCAAAUUGCUACAGCAUGCCGCCUUCAUGCAAGGUCCGGACGAAUUACUGCUGCCUUGUUUGUGCACCCAGCACAGGAUGGGCAACUGCUUGGAACGGCUUACCAAACAUUUAGGUAUUUUGGGUGGUGUGCAGCUUGGUUCAUUGGUUCAGCAGUAUUGCGUGUCAAAGACGAUGUCCAAAGGAAACAUCUUAGCCAAUGUCAGGAAGCGUGUCCGCCAGAUCUUGCAAGAGAGGCUGGUGUUACACCGGGAAAUCCCAGCUGCAGCAGCAGCGCAAUGGGCAGAAGCAAAAGCCGAUGCUGUCAAAACCGUGGCCCUGUGCAAAGAUUUUGGUGAGGAAGAUGAAGCGAAAUCAGGUACCAUUGCCUCAUCCUUCAAGGCAUUGCUGCAAUUUUUCGACGGUCCUGGACAGGACUGA